UACUGGGGCGACAUCACAGCCUCUAUUGACUGGUGCGAGACCAACUAUGAGCUGACGCCAUAUAUUGCCGAGUUUUUCAACAGCUGGUCGUCGCUGGCCAUGGUAAUCCUAGGCGAGGCAUGCGCGUACAUGAACCCGACGGGCCACAAGGGAUUCACGGCACUCGGACACUCAAUCACAGUGGUUGGACUCGGCAGCUGGCUGUUCCACGCGACGCUAAAGUACUCGAUGCAGAUGGCUGACGAGCUGCCGAUGAUCUGGGCCAUUGCAAUCUCGCUGUACCUGGCAGUCGCAAUGCAAUUCAAAUCGCACCAGGUGGUGUUCAAGUGGGGUCUGAUCUCGUGGACCGCAUUCACCACUGUGAUGACCGCAUGCACCAGUGGUAAGCUCGAGUUUGUUGUUUUCCAGACCACCUUCAACCUGUUCAGCAUCGCGAUGCUGUAUAUGACAUGGCGUGCCAAGCGCGACCUUGAGCGCGCGGGUAUGCCCGAGAUUUCCCGCCUGUUUUUCCACGGCCUCAAGUGGUAUGCGCUUGCUGGCACUGUCUGGCUCAUCGACACUAACCUGUGCCAGUACAUCAACGGCCAGGACUCGACGUCGGUGCUGCCAUUCAACAUGCAGCUGCACGCCUGGUGGCAUGUGUUUGCCUCGCUUGGUCUCGUAUACCUGGUGGUUCUGCUCAUGGCA